CUUAAGAUAGUAAAGGUUAAAGGUAUCGCUAAGCUCUUUCUGUCCGAUAAGGAUAUAAAGAUUCUAGUUCUGGCCCUGCUAUUAUACCCUAAUAUAGUACUAUUUAAUUAUGUUGUGGUUGAAGAUAUAGAGUCUCGGGUUAUUAGAUUUACAAUGAAAUAUAUUCUAGGCAGAACCCUCGACAAUACAAAUAUACCUUUCUAA